AUGGCGUCUAUUCGGACUACUUUAAACAAUGGAGCUGAACAUUUCAACAAACUUCACACCCCAGGACCAGGUAUGUGAUUUACUGUCUGUACAACACAAUACAGCUAUAUCUGUAUCUUAUCAUUUAUGCACUAAUUGAUAACUCUAUCCCUUUUAGAACACCAUGGCCUGUAUAAUCAAGGGGCAACAUGUUAUUUGAACAGUGUGCUGCAGGUCCUCUUCAUGACUAAGGAAUUCAGAGAGGCUGUAGAAAGGUUUUAAUUCUUACUUUAUGUUCGAAGGAUACUGUAUCUCCAUGAAAGUGUUAGAAAUAUAUUGAGUCAUACCAGAGCCAUGUAUCUAACUAAAUACAUGUCUCUGAGUCAUACUAUCUAAACAUGAUCAUUACACAGUACAUUGAGAUUAAUACUAAACAUCUCAUAUACUGUAUAUCUUAACAAAAGCAGUCUUUAUUUUUAUGUUUUACAGUAAUAGGCCUAUUCAAGAAGAAGACACUGUUGAUCUUCAGCUGAAAAAGUUGUUUACAACUUUACAUGAAAUUAAAACUAACACAAAGGGCAUCUCAUCAAUACUGGGCAUUGAUGAUGGUGAGUUGAGCAAUCAGAGCUGAUAAAGAAUGCAUUAAAAAAUUCAGCAACUUUAUUAGAUGUGCAGCUUGUGAUGUAAUGUAGUAUAUAGUGUUUGUAGUUAUUUGCAGUAGAAGACCCUUCAUUUGCCCUCCUCCCCCCCAGUAUACGAGCAACGUGAUGCGGCCGAGUAUUUUGAGAAGAUUUUAAGCAUGGUCAAUCCUGAAGUGUCAAAGGUAGGCUACUGCAUUGCUUACCUCAUAUUGGAAAAAACCUGUUAACUAACCAUGCAAUGUUUAUAAGUUAUGAUAUGACAACACUGACAAAAGUUUGUCUCCAGAUCUUCAAAGGACAAUUGAGGCACAUCACUACCUGUUUAGGAAAACAUGGACAUGUGACGAGUGAUGAUUUUGGUCCAUUUUGGACACUGCCCCUCUCAAUAGCAGAUCCCUCUGACUCUUACAAAACCUACAGUGUGGUAGGAAAAAUAUCAGCAAAAACAUUGUUUUAUGAUGGCAAAUAUCAUAUGAUCAUGUAUGUAGACAGGGCUAACCAACACUUUAAAUGCCAUAGCCUACAUUAUUGGUAUUCAAUAUUAGCAUAAUCGUCCAGUGGGAAUGUAUUAUGUCGUAAUUUGGCAUGUACAGUGCAUUAGGAAAGUAUUCAGACCCCUUGCCUUUUUCCACAUUUUGCUUACGUUACAGCCUUAUUCUAAAAUUGAUUAAAUUGUUUUUUCCCCCUCAUCAAUUUAAACACAAUACCCCAUAACGACAAAGCAAAAACAGGUUUUUAUAAAUUCUUGCAAAUGUAUUUAAAAAAACAAAAAACAGAAAUAUUACAUUUACAUAAGUAUUCAGACCCUUUACUCAGUACUUUGUUGAAGCACCUUUGGCAGCGAUUACAGCCCCGAGUCUUCUUGGGUAUGACGCUACAAGCUUGGCACACUUGUAUAUGGGGAGUUUCUCCCAUUCUUCUCUGCAGAUCCUCUCAAGCUCUGUCAGGUUGGAUGGGGAGCGUCGCUGCACAGCUAUUUUCAGGUCUCUCCAAAGAUGUUCAAUCGGGUUAAAGUCUGGGCUCUGGCUGGGCCACUCAAGGAUAUUCAGAGUCAUUCAAGCCACUCCUGCGUUGUCUUGGCUGUGUGCUUAAGGUCGUUGUCCUGUUGGAAGGUGAACCUUCGCCCCAGUCUGAGGUCCUGAGCGCUCUGGAGCAGGUUUUCAUCAAGGAUCUCUACUUUGCUCUGUUCAUCUUUCCCUCGAUCCUGACUAGUCUCCCAGUCCCUGUCACUGAAAAACUUCCCAUAGCAUGAUGCUGCCACCACCAUGCUUCAUGGUAGGGAUGGUGCCAGGUUUCUUCCAGAGGUGAUGCUUGGCAUUCAGGCAAAAGAGUUCGAUCUUGGUUUCAUCAGACCAGAGAAUCUUGUUUCUUUUGGAAAACUCCAAGCAGGCUGUCAUGUGCAUUUUACUGAGGAGUGGCUUCCGUCUGGCCACUCUACCAUAAAGGCCUGAUUGGUGGAGUGUUGCAGAGAUGGUUGUCCUUCUGGAAGGUUCUCCCAUCUCCAGAGGAACUCUGGAGCUCUGUCAGAGUGACCAUCGGAUUCUUGGUCACCUCCCUGACCAAGGCCAUUCUCCCCCCUGAUUGCUCAGUUGGGCCGGGCGGCCAGCUCUAGGAAGAGUCUUGGUGGCUCCAAACUUCUUCCAUUUAAAAAUGGAUGCCACUGUGUUCUUGGGGACCUUCAAGUGCUGCAGACAUUAUUUGGUACCAUUCCCCAGAUCUGUGCCUCGACACAAUCCUGUCUUGGAGCUCUACGGCGAAUUCCUUCCUUGGCUUGGUUUUUGCUCUGACAUGCAUUGUCAACUGUGGGACCUUAUAUAGACAGGUGUGUGCCUUUCCAAAUAUUGUCCAAUCAAUUGAAAAGGUGGACUCCAAUUAAGUUGUCGAAACAUCUCAAGGAUGAUCAAUGGAAACAGGAUGCACCUGAGCUCAAUUUCGAGUUUCAUAGCAAAGGGUCUGACUACUUAUGUAAAUACGUUUUUUUUUUUGUUGAUAUUUAAUACAUUUGCAAAAACCUGUUUUCGCUUUGUUGUUAAGGGAUAUUGUGUGUAGAUUGAUGAGGGUAAAAAAAUAUUUUCUAUCCAUUUUAGAAUAAGGCUGUAACGUAACAGAAUGUGGAAAAAGUGAAGGGGUCUGAAUUUUUUCAGAAUGCACUUUAUGUAGGCCUACACUACUAUUGGUCUAAGUUAUCAAGGUCUUGUAGUUAAUAUUAUAAGUUGAUAUAAUAUGACAAUAAAAACAAAUUCAGGCAACUAUAUCAGUAUGUUGGAGAAACAAUUUUGUGUUCUCAGAAAGAUGGCUUUAAGGAGUUAUUCAAGUCUUCAACUGUCAGCGGGGAAAACCAGAUCUACUGUGAUGAAUGUGAAAAGAAAGCAGAUGCAACCAUUGUGAGUAGUCAUAUUUAGAAUUCUCAUUUACUAUACCAAAUUAAAGUGUUAUAGAUCUGUCAUUGUCAUUGAAAGCAUGUCUAAGAAGCGGUAGUUCUGUUAUAUGUGCACUAUUACUAUGCUUCCCGUUCUUUUAAGUUGAGUUUUUGCGUCUUUUACUUUCAGUUUUGUACACCAGCUGAAAAUGCAAUAGUUUUGGUUAUGGAAAAGAUACAGUAUUCACAGCGGUUUAGAUGGUACAAUGAUCAUCAACACUAUACGUGCUUGUUUUGUCACAUAAACUGAAAUUAGGCGAACUAUUAGAAUUUUAGCAACCAGGAAAUGGCGAAGCAAUUUCUGCUUAGUGCAGCUUUAAUUAUUGUACCAAAAGUCUCUCAAAAAUGGAUAUCAAGCUUUUCACUGUAGAAGGUAUUGUAUUACAAUGCUUCCCUCUGUCACAUAUAGGAAUGCAAGAUAGAACAUCACCCAGAAAAUCUUACUCUGCUCCUCAAGCGGUUUGAAUUUGACUACUACAGCAUGUCAUAUGUCAAAAUCAACUGUUGCGUGGAUGUGCCUCACACACUACAGACAGAGGUAGACUACUUACAAAACCUUUAUUAAACAGGUUCUGUUCUCAUACAAGUCUACAAUGUAGCUAGACUAAAUUAAAACCGAUAAUUCUGUCGUACUGUAUAUCGACUUCACUUGAUUGCCCAUCAGAAAAAUAAAAUAUGUAGUUCAAGUGAUGAAUAUUUUGUCAGCUGUAAUUCAAUUCAUGGCAUGUCUUUUGAUUUAUCUGAACAGAAAUGUGAAUAUGAACUUUAUGCGAUUGUGGACCAUUUCGGAAGUCUUAGAGGUGGACACUACACUGCUAAGAUAAAGUCAUUUGACGAUGAUAACUGGUAUGAGUUCAAUGACUCCUACGUCACAAAGGUAUGCAAGAUUAUUAUUUUUUUUUUGAAUUGAAUAUCAUCAUUAUUCUAAUAUCAUAAAUUGUAUUUGCCAUUUUAUUUGGGUCUGUGAGUGAACUAGUGGCAACCCGUCAUUCAGGGCAGGUGGGGCAGAACAAAAUAUAAUUAUGUUAUUUUGCCAUUAAUACGUGUCACCGUUUGCAAACAAUGUAAAAAAAGAAAACAAUUGAGUUCAUAAAGCUGCAUACAAACAUGGUCUCUUUUGUUGCUUUCUUGAGGAAGUCAGCUCCAAAAUGCAGGUGUUUCAGACUAGCUCAGUGCUUUCUGUGGUGGUGGGGGAGCCAGCGGAAAAUACGGAGCGUAGGGGUUGGUAAUGUUCUCUAGUUGGUAAUGUUCUCUAGUUGCGCCGUGAUUGGCUCAGUGUUCUGUCACUCAUGGGGACACUACGUCACUGCUAAAUCUACAGGGAGAGAUCGAAAAUAAAAGCCCCUUUGGUGCUGCCAUAUAGUUACAUUAGAAGUGCCCAUCCAAGAAGGCUCAAGGUCAUUGGCCACAGAUAAAAUGACGUCAAAUCACGUUUUAUCUACCAUCGCUUUGAUUGGACUGAUAAUGUGAACAUCAUACUUUCAAAAUCUUAGCUUGCAAGCUAGUCAAGCAGUCAUCAUCAUGAAUCAAGUUGACUAUCUACUGGCAAAUCCUUUUCAACCCUUGUCACAUUAAGAGAAAUUAGAGAAAAUAUAUCAGUGCUCAUCGGCCAUUGGACAUAAACAUUACACAACAAGUCUGAAAUCGCAAAUUCAACAAUGAGUGGUUUGGAAGGAAGCAGUGGCUAACUGCAAGCAUCUCAAAGCAAUCAGUAUUUUGCUUCCCCUCCCUGCUAUUCAGUGGAGGGUGUGUGGUCUGGGUUUAAGGAUUUAAAACAUCUGUCUGAAAGGGUCUCAAAACAUGAGAAUUGUGAGUCACAUAUAGACAAUGCUGUAAAACUGGGGAAAUCAAACGUUGUGGCUCAGCAUAUAGAUGAGCUAUCGACCUUCGAUCUUCACAACCAAUAAAUGGAGGAGAAUAUGGACCUGCUUGCCAGAAUUGUAGCAUGCAUUAAAUUGUGUGGCAAUUGUGAGACAGCACUGCAGGGCCUGUUUGUACAACUGUUCUGACUUGGUAGUGCACAUGUAGCCUAUAGCCAGUUUUAGAGAAAUGUCAUAAUCGAAUAUUGUAACAGCUUUCAUUGUCUGCUUACGUGCCCCCAUUGUUAGAGCUUUCAUUGUCCUGCUUAUGUGUCCCUUGUUAAUUUAGCCUACUGUUCGGACUUGGUGUGCAGGGAGAAUACUGUAAGAAUGGCCCAUGUUCUGAAUUCUGUCGCUGUCCAUUUCAAAAGGGCUGAAAGAAUAGGCAUAUAGCUUACUGUUCUGACUUGGUAGUUCACCUGUAGCCUAUAGCCUGUUUUAGCUAAAUGUAAUCAUUGAAUAUUGUAAGAGUGUUAAUUGUCUGCUUGUGUGCCCGUUAUUUAUCCUACGGUUCUGACUUGGUGUACAGGGACAAUACUUUAAGAACGGCCCAUGUUCUGAAUUAUGUCGUAAUCCAUUUUAAAAGUCCUGAACGAAUAGGCGGCAUAUAGGCUACAUCCGUCUCAGCUCGCUCAUGUCUUCAUCGAAAUUACGGCUUGCCUCUUAACCGCUUAUCGUCAUAUAUGCCAUAGUUUGUACAGCUGCAUUGUUAUAUUGCCUAUAUUAGGUCUAUCUCAUUAGUAUCUUAUUCAUAAUUUUAGGCAAUGUUAGAAUUUUGUAUUUCAUUGUUUUGCUUACUUUGUGUUAUAAUUAGCUCAUGUGCUUUUCUCUACGAGGAGGGGCUACUAUAAUAUAAUGUUGUUGGGUAUGUACAUUAUAUUAUAGUAUCCCCUCCUCGUAACCAUGUUUGCCGGUCUCUUCCCAUUCAAAUAUUUUUGUUCAACAACAAGUUCAGUAAUAGACCCAUGUAAUUCCAGUUCAUAUUGCGAGGGUUGUUUUGUUUUGCGCAAUGCGCUGUCAGUGCGUCUGUAUAUUGUCUAUAAAAGUGCAUCCUCGUGAUUGUAUUGUGCUUUCUUUUAACCACACAGCCUACCAUUUGAAGUAUUUUAUUAGGCCUAACUGCUGAGUCUGGGUCUUUCUCUCUCUGUGGUGCCUUAAAGAAGAGUAAAGUUAAGGCCUCAACAUCUUGCUGAAUUUAUCUGGACUAACAUUUAUCUGAAUUUCUGUCGCUGUCCAUUUCGAAAUGUAUGAACGAAUAGGCCUACCUCAUCCUAGCUCGUUUGCUUGCCCUUGCUUAUACUUAGAGAUAAGUGUUAAUUAUAUAAGAACACACAUUAUGAAUUUACUGAACAUAAAUGUAAUAAUGUUUUGUAUGGUUUAAAAGUCAAAAGAGUAUGCGGUUCUUAUCCAGUUACACAAAUCCACAAGGAGUCCGUAGAAACCAUAUUUAUUUAAGCAAGUCAGCCAUAAGCGUUUGUCACCAUUAGAGUGCAUUUAAUGUUUUGUUUAGAGUUGUGUAGUGGCUUCACUGGCAUGCAUCCACCAAGAUUGACAUGCUAAAAUCGCCACUGGAGUGAACCAGACAAGGGUUAUCACUUCAAGAACAGAUAUGGAGGUUAUAGUUAAUUUUUGAAUAUAUUUGGUGGGGAAUCACCACAAUUACCAUGCUACUCCGUCAGAAUCUUAUCUAAGGCCAUUGGCAAUGUAUUCUAUUAAUUUAAUUUUGACGCAUUGCUGCUCCUUCCCUUACAGCUCCAACCAGCUCCACUGAUUGAAAGGUACGUUUUUUUUGUUUCCAGUUAUGUAUCCGAAGUUUAUCGCCAAAUUUAUAAACCAGAACAUUAACAGGCGUUCCAAUUAGUAAAUAAAUAUGUAAGUUAACAAAUUCUUCUCUCUCUAGUUCUUGGAGCGCUUAUCUACUCGUGUACAGGAAAUGUAAGUUAAUUUAUGAACUGUGCUCUUAUCAAUUGCCUUAACUGUAUCACUGAUGUCUUUCAUUUUCCUUCCCUCCCAAAGCACAUGCAGAUCGUGAGAACCAUGGAACCAACCACGUUCACGGUUCACUCAGAGAGGAUGGGGUUACAGAGGCUGGAGAGUAUGUUCAAAUAAAGACAAGUGGAGAUGAUGAUCACAGUGUUGAUGGAAAUAAAGGACAGGGACAACAUGUUGCAGUCAGAAGAAAGGAACAUUUAGGAAAGGCAGAUACAGGAAGAAAUUAUGAUGAUUUGAUAGAGAGAAGAAAAGAGGAUGCUGUACACAGGAGAGAGGAUGUGGAUGAAACAAGACGAUAUGAUGUGGUUUUGAUAACAGAGAAACAGCAGACUCCAGAGAUAUGUCGGAAAUUAGGCAAACUCCGUGUGUUUUAUCAUGACUAUAUUUUGCCCAUCAGGUAUUCAUCAUCGAUAGAAGAGGAUAAUGUUGUGGAGAAAAUGGAACAGAAUGAUGUAGUGAGAAGGGUAGAUAAGGACAGAGAGGGUGUCGUAGUAAAGGGAGAAACGCAUCUUGGUGAGACAAAGACAAGUCUGACCAAGUACGGAGAGCCUUCCAGCUCUACAAACAGGUGCGAGACCAUCCCAUCACAUCCUUCUUACAUCCCUCAAGAGUUCAAUGAAAUCAGAAGGAAGGCGAUGCAAAGAAGAAAGGACGAAAAGACUGGCAAGUACAGCCAGGUCCUUGCUAACGGUCUGGACAACAAGCUGAGAGAGGUUCUUGAGAGGCAGAAGAGGAACAGGGCUCACUGUGGUUUCAGGCGCUUCUGGGGUGUGCGUGUCAAGCACACCAAGGUCGCAGGGUUG